GUGGAAGGCUUUUGUCGUCCUCGUAAACGGGGAUUCUCUAUCUCUCUCUUUCUCUCUCUGUCUCUUUCUAUUUCUCUGUGGUAUUGUUUUUGUCUGUAAGCUGUACCAUCUUCUGGGGCAGAGGUAAGAGAAAAUGGACUCAGGACCCCAACUGGGUCAUUGGGUCUCUCACCCACCCACACCCACACACACACACACACACACACCCACCCAGUUCGACUCUGAUUUCAAAUUUGAAUACAGUUUUUUCACCCUCCUUUUGGGUCCCCAUAUUCACCUCUCUUCUUCUUUUCGCCCGCGUCUCUCUCGCCCUCUCUUUGACCGCCUCGGUCACACCCCACCUCAAACCUUGACCAACCUCGCUCUCUCUCUUACCCAUUUUUAUCUCAAACUUAAAUUAUAUUCUUUCUACCACAACUUCCAUCAAACACUUCCACUGCGUAAAAAAUCUCUCAAAGGAUGGAGAAAUCCGCCAAUAGCAACGAACACAAUGACACCGAGUCUGUCAAUAACAGCUUUCGGGAUCUUAGUUUCAAUAACAGCGUCAGCAUUAGUCUAUGUAGUAGCAAUGUUUCUGGCUCUGAUACUAGCGUGAGUAGUAGCAGCAGGAGCAAUCGCUCUGUGGAAACUAGUAGCAAGAAUAAUGCUGCUGCUGAAUCCGUAGUGUCUUGUGAAGAAGAAAGUGAAAAGAUCAGUGACAGUUUUGAUGCCAAUGAGAGCAGUUUCAGGAGCUUUUGCCCAUCUAAGCCGCAUAAAGGGAAUGAUAUCAGAUGGGAUGCGAUACAAUGCGUGAAGGGUACAGAUGGGGAGUUGGGGUUGGGCCAUUUCAGGCUUCUGAAGAAGCUGGGGUGUGGGGACAUAGGGAGUGUGUAUUUGGCGGAGUUGAGAGGGAUGGGUUGCCUUUUCGCGAUGAAGGUGAUGGAUAAAGGCAUGUUGGCUGGAAGGAAGAAGCUGUUGAGAGCUCAGACUGAGAGAGACAUAUUGGGUCUGUUGGACCAUCCGUUUCUUCCUACGCUUUAUUCGCAUUUUGAGACUGAGAAAUUCUCUUGCUUGUUAAUGGAGUAUUGCAGUGGUGGGGAUCUUCAUACACUUCGACAACGCCAGCAGUGCAAGCAUUUUACAGAGCAUGCGGCUAGGUUUUAUGCUUCAGAAGUGCUUCUUGCCCUUGAGUAUCUGCACAUGAUGGGAGUUGUGUACAGGGACCUAAAACCCGAAAAUGUACUAGUGAGAGAGGAUGGCCAUAUCAUGCUUUCUGAUUUUGAUUUAUCAUUAAGAUGUUAUGUGAGUCCAACUCUUCUUCAAUCUAGUACCGAGCCGUCUUGUAAAAUCUCUCAAUACUGCAUUCAGCCAUCAUGCAUUGAUCCGGCCUGCAAAUUACCAGUUUGUGUGGAACCUUCUUGCUUGCAACCAUCUUGUUUCAAGCCUCGGUUUUUAAAUUCCAGAGUAGGCAAGGCGAGAAGCGAAAAGACAACUUUGGGAAAUUCAGAUUCACUCCCUGUACUUGUCGCCGAGCCUACAAAUGCACGAUCCAUGUCAUUUGUUGGAACUCAUGAGUAUUUAGCACCUGAGAUAAUAAGAGGGGAUGGUCAUGGGAGUGCUGUAGAUUGGUGGACUUUUGGCAUCUUUUUGUAUGAGUUGCUGCUUGGGAGGACACCUUUCAAAGGCAAUGGGAAUAGAGAGACAUUGUUUAAUGUGGUUGGUCAGUCACUUAAAUUUCCUGAGGGAUCUAAUGUCAGUUUUGCUGCCAAAGAUUUAAUCCGCGGCCUGCUUAUAAAGGAUCCACAAAAGAGAUUAGGAUUUAAAAGAGGUGCUACAGAAAUUAAACAGCAUCCUUUCUUUGAAACCAUUAAUUGGGCUCUCAUUCGCAGUACUCACCCUCCAGAAAUUCCAAAACCAAUUGAUUUCGCAUUCUUAUACCCAACAUCUAAAUCAGCAGUGCCUCCAAAUGACAAUGCAGCUACGGACUCGGAUAGGUCCUCAGGUCCUUACUUGGAUUUCGAGUUCUUCUGAUAAUUGUUAUGAUCAUUCUUGACGAUGUUGAUUAACAUUAAUCUCUCUGUAUUCAUAUCUCAAUGAAUAUUGUUCUUUUUCACGUAAUUAUUAUUUCCUCUUCUCAAUCAAAUUUUGUAUUGGCUGUUGAUUUUUAUAUUUCUUACGUAAAGCAUG